UUUUUUUUGCUCCCGCAGCUAGCCUUUCAGCCAGCCAACCCCUCCAGAAAGCCGACAGCCCAGUGACGACAAAAGUCUUAUUGAAAAGGCUAAAACGGAGUGCUGUAUUGAAAAGUGUACGGAGUACAAGAGAAAAGAAAUCUCCUAGAUUGCUCUUGACAAGUGAUAGCAGCCUUGGGUAUGCCGACAGGAUCAGCCAAUGGCUGUCCGAGAGCUCCCGCGGAGACCGGGGUUGAUGAAGAGAGAAGAGGGAUAAAGGGAGCAGUGGACGAAAACGACGAAGUUUGGGUCCAGGAGCAUGAAAAAGGUAUAGAACGCAGAUUGCGCCGAAAGGUCGAUCUUCGUUUAUGCACGAUUGCCGGCAUUCUCUGCAGCUUGAAUCUGAUAGAUUCUGGCAUCAUUUCCUCCGCUGCAGUUACUACCAUGAUAGACGACCUGUCUUUGCAUGGAAAUCGAUUCUCGGUUUCUAUUUUCAUCUUCACUGUCUCCAGCAUCGUUUUCCAGCUUCCAUCAACGCUCGCAGUCCGCUUCGUUGGCCCAAGGCUAUGGUUUUCAAUGACCACAGUCUGCUUCGGUCUUAUUACUCUAGGCACCGCCUUCGUCAAGACCUGGCAACAGAUGAUCAUCCUCCGCAUCCUUCUCGGCAUAUCCAUGUCUGGCAUCUACCCGGGCCUGACCUACCUUAUCAGCACGUGGUAUACGCGACAAGAGCAGCAGCUUCGAUAUGCAUUCAUGCAAUCUAGUGAAGUUUUGAUCCUAGCAACCGGCAAUAUCCUAAACUAUGCGCUUAACCAGCUUGACGGCAGAGCAGGCCUUUCGGGAUGGCGCUGGAUGUUUCUAGUUCAAGGUCUGAUCGCCUGUGCUAUGGGAAUAGUUACGUACUGGUGGAUGAUCGAUUUUCCAGACAAUGCACACCAGAGCUUCUGCUUCCUGAACAAGGCCGAAAUAAACUUGGCUACCAAGAGGAUUGAGAUUGAUAGACAUGACGCAGUCCUGGAUCAAAUCUCCUGGUCUAAAAUCGCUGUCAAUUUCCUUGACUUUAAGCUCUACGGCUUCAGUUGCUUAUUUUUCCUUCUAAAUCUCGUGUCAACCUCGUUAUCCUACUUCCUACCCAUCAUUCUCCAGUCAGGUAUGGGUUUUAGCACCAACAAAUCCAUUCUACUCUCUUCCCCGCCAUACUACUACGCUAUCAUUCCUGUCCUGCUCACGUCCCUAAUUGGGGACAAGUUUCGCCUACGCGGACCUCUUAUCGUGUUCAAUGCUCUCUCAUUAAUUGCUGGAUUCCUCAUGCUUGGUCUUCCAGCCUCAAAACAAGUCACUGUCCGCUACAUCGGCACGUUCCUUGCGACGGGGGCUUACGUUUCCAAUUGGGCAGCCCUUAACGCCUACCAAGCGAACAAUAUCGUUGGUCAGUGGAAACGAGCCACUGUAGCUGCCGCAGUAACGGCGUCAAAUGGUCUUGGGGGGAUUGCGGGUAGUUUUAUCGUGCGGUCUGUUGAGGCGCCGACAUAUACUACUGCUGUUUGGGUGUCUAUCGGUUCACAUAUACUAAUGAUCGCAAUUGUUGGGAUGUUCUCUAUAUAUUUCUAUGUUGCGAAUCAGAGACAGCAGAAAGGGAAUUUCAUCAUCGAAAACAUGCCUGCCUUCCGAUAUACAUAUUGA